AUGAUUCCAGCAAAUACGCUAUCGCGCUCUGCGGGCGCAGUCCUCUUCGCGCUUCUCCCAGUCGUCCUGGCGCAUGGCGACGAGGGACACGACAUGGGCGACAUGGACAUGAGCCAUGCCUCCGACAAGCCCAAAGACGCCUCGGAAUACCCAGACACUUACUUUUCCCACCCCGAUCAUGUCAGUGUCAUCUACGCCCACAUUGCCCUCAUGGUCCUCUCCUGGGUCUUUGUCCUCCCCGUCGCCGUCGUCCUUUCUCUGGCGAGAUCGCGCUUCACUGUGCCUGCGCAGUUCGUAUUCCUGGCCUCCAAUGCCCUGGGGCUGCUCCUGGGCGUCAUCUACAACGCCCAGACCCCAGACCUCUACCCAAACAAUGCGCACCACAAGAUUGGUUGGAUCGCGACCUGGGUUGUCUCGGCGCAGGUUCUCGUGAGCCUUGUGGGAUGGGUCGCCGGAGUAUUGCGAGGGGAUGCCAGGAAGACGAGCAGUGACAGACAGGCCUUUCUCCCAGUGCCAACUGAAGCUCCUAGCCACAACGGUUUCCGACUCCCCGAGGGUUACCUCGCUGACAGCCCCUAUCGACACUCCGGUGACAGUGGCCAGGGAACAGAGCGCAACACUGCUUCACUCCGAAGCAGCUCUGUUUCGACCCUCGAUGGUUUGGAGGAGUCUCCCCUCGAGAGCCCAAGAAAGGAGUACGAGGAAGACGACGACGGUGACCUCGAGGCCAUGUCUCUCUCCUCUCCGGCUACCAAGGGCGCCUUCGCUCGUCAUGCUUCCAAGGUCGUUGCUUCUCGCGUGUGGAAGUAUCUCAACAUUGGACGACAGGUCAUUGAUCGCAUUAUCCUCCCCUUCGGCUUCAUCGCGCUUGCGACUGGUGUAGCUACUUUCGGUCGCUUCUUUGAAGGAGAAAACGUCUUCAACGGCCUCGCGCAUUGGAUCAAGGGCGGCGUCUUCUUCUGGCUGGGCGUCUUCACCCUGGGUCGUUGGUCUGGCAGCUUCGGCGAGCUUGGCUGGGCAUGGAACGUUCGCCCCAAGAAGGGGUCGCAAAAUUGGCGACCUUCUGCCGAGUUUGUCGAGAGCUUUCUCAUCUUCUUCUAUGGUUCUACCAACAUCUUCCUUGAGCACCUUGGCGGCUGGGGAGGUGCUUGGACUGCUCAGGACAUGGAGCACAUCUCCAUCACGGUCCUGUUUAUCGGUGGUGGCAUGUGCGGAAUGCUCGUCGAGUCUACCCGAAUUCGCGAUCUCCUCAACACAACCGUCGAAGACAUCGAGCCGAAGCACCCCUACACCGACGAAGAAGCAGAUGAACAAAAGGCACCCGAGACUUACGAGUUCUCCCUCAACCCCAUUCCUGCCUUGGUCAUCCUUCUGCUGGGCAUCAUGAUGAGCUCGCACAAGCAGCACACCAUGAUCUCGAGCAUGGUCCACAAGCAAUGGGGCAACCUGCUUCUCGGAGCCUCGCUUGCUCGAGGCCUUACAUACCUCCUCAUGUUCCUCAAGCCGCCCAAGUCGAUUCUCCCAUCCCGACCUCCCACCGAGCUCCUUGCUUCGUUUGGCUUGAUCUCUGGAGGCAUCAUCUUCAUGGCAAGCAGUUCCGACACUGUCGAAGGAAUGAUCCACUACGACCUAGACGCCAUGUUCAUGUACACCGUCACCAUGGGCCUGGUCGGACUGCUGAUGGCCUGGAUCGUCAUCGUCCUGGCCAUCAAGGGCUGGGCUGUGCGACUGGAGCGACGCCGGUCCCAGGCGGCUUAG